CUAAGAGUUGAGAAACUGCCCUUACAUGAUGAAAACUUUGAUUCUCUUUGCACUCGUCUGCCUGGCUCUCGCAUACGCCUUACCUGGCAGAGAGCUACCAUCCUUCGACUUUGAUCCCUUCGUGAUUGGGGGCAGUGAGGCAACCCCGAACGAAUUCCCCUCCCAAUUGUCCCUCCAGUAUUUGAACGCCACAGGUGCGUGGAGACACACAUGUGGUGCAUCCCUACUCUCCCCUAAGUAUGCCCUGACAGCCGCUCAUUGCGUUGAUGGCAGAACCAACCUCAAAUUUCGGGUGGUGGCGGGCUUGCACAAGCUGAGUCUGUCAGCUCAGGGCACCAUUGCAGCCAUCAAGACAUUCAAAAUUCACGAGAAGUACAAGCAGGGCAAUGGCACUUACCCGAACGACAUCGCCAUCCUCACGUUCGCCACUGAAAUCAAAAUGACCGACAAAAUCAAAGCAGCCGUCCUGCCAGCCGACAGCAUAAACAAAUUCGUCAACGAAUCAUGCAUCAUCAGCGGCUGGGGCAGAACAGACAAGACCGACAACCUACCAGACGCCCUGCAGAAAGGUACACUAACGGUCCUUUCGAAUGCCGAAUGUCAGAGCAAAGUUGGGGAGGCCAGCAUCGCCAAUGGACAUCUCUGUGUGUAUGAUAGGAGCAAGAAGACAUCCGCUUGCAAUGGUGACAGUGGCGGUCCAACAACUUGCAAGGCAGCUGGCAAGGACACCGUGGUCGGUGUGGCAUCGUGGGUGAUCGCACUUUUAGGGAAUUGCAAGCCCGGCUUCCCAUCUGCCUACACGAGAGUCAGUGAAUAUUUGGAUUGGAUCAAAAUAAACACCCCUUAGAUCAAGCUGAACGGCCCUACUUGAGUUAAAAUAAUGGACUUUUCUGUUUAAGCUCUUUUGGAUUUUUGGCAAUAUUUUUGAUUAACUAUUGGUUGAUUAAUUGUGAAUGGAUUUUUAAAAAUUUGAUUUAAUGAAUUUUAAUAAAAAUCGUCAACUUGC